AGAGAGGUAUAUAUGUUUACAUCUAGAGCUUCUGUUCCUACCUUGUCUUUCCUUGGCGACUUCUCGUUCCUAUCCGUAGAUCAACUGCUCCUAUAAGACUAUCACAUCAUAUCUGUAAUCCCUCAUCCACCAUGGCAUACAAAGCAGCAAUCCUCGCCCUCCUCGCCUUGCCCAGUGUAUCAGCAUGGGGCGCCAUGGGCCACGAGGCCAUCGCCUACGUCGCGAGCAACUUCGUCUCAGCGAACACGAAGGCGUACUUCCAGAGCCUGCUGGGCGAUACCUCGGCCGAUUACCUCGCCACCGUGUCGACGUGGGCCGACAGCUACCGGUACACGACAGCGGGGCGGUUCUCGGCGCCGUAUCACUACAUCGACGCCAACGACAGCCCGCCGUCCUCGUGCAACCUCGACUAUUCGCGCGACUGCGGCUCCGAGGGGUGCGUUGUUAGCGCGCUGACGAACUAUACGACUAUUCUGCUAGACGGUCGGUAUUCGCAGGCGAAUCAUCAGAUUGCUGCCAAGAUGAUCAUCCACUUCGUCGGCGACAUCGGCCAACCGCUGCACUGUGAAGCGCUCGACGUCGGCGGCAACGACAUCGACGUGCUGUACGACGGCGAGGAUACAAAUCUCCACGCGAUAUGGGACAGCGACAUCCCUGAGUCUAUCUCGGGUGGCUCGUCCCUGGCUUCCGCCAAAUCCUGGGCUAACACGCUAACCACUGCGAUCAACUCGGGCGAAUACAAAUCACAAGCAGCAGGCUGGCUCACAGGCCUCAGCGUCUCCACGGCUGCAACGCGCCAGGCGACGGCGAUGCAGUGGGCGGCCGAGGCCAAUGCGUACGUGUGCUCGACUGUGCUGAAGGGCGGUCUCAGCGCUGUCGAGAACAAGGAGCUGAGCGGCGCGUACACGACGACUGCCGAUCCCGUGGUGAAGCUGCAGGUUGCGAAGCAGGGGUAUCGGUUAGCGAAGUAUUUGGAUGCUAUUGUUGCUGCUAUUUAGGAUGUGCUUGAAGUUUGGGGUUGAGGAAUGGGUUAUGUAGUGCGAGGACACGACGUUGAAGAAGCUGUUGUGUAUAUUGCUUCGUAUUGAGAAUGCAGUUCUCGACCUCCUUAUUCUCGCUACAUAUGACUUGCAGGUAA